ACCUCCUGCCUAUCUUAUAACAAAAACCAACACAUUCAGACUCACAGUCAGUUUCACAAACGCAGCAUGAACAGGCGAGACAAAGGUUGAUCCGUCAGUUUGCAUCAGUCCACACAUUAAGCAGCAACAUGCGUCUGUUGAAUAUUUGUGCCAUCCUUAUGUUGGCUCUCCCUCACUCUGCACAUCAAUCCUGCAUCCAGGGGACACCCCAACAGUGCAAGGAAGCAGAGUUUGCUCCGGGUACCAAUUUGGCCGGGGAAGGCUUCGACAUCACCACCAUGGAACGUAAGCAAGCCUACGUGAUCGAUAUGAGUCAGUGGAAACGCAAGGACAAGACAUGCACCCUGUGUAAGAACACCUUUCUGGAGAACCAACUGCAAAAGCUUCCCUUGUCAGUGGUCGACUGGAGAGCGAUGCAGAGCUGCAACAACAAGGUGACCAGUUCUCUCCACAAAUCCAGUGAGUCUCUGGUCAGCUCCAUCACCUCCUCUAUUGAAAACAACUGGCAGGUCAAUCUGGAUGUUGAUGUGGGUGCAAAGGGUGCUUCAACGAUGCUCGCUGGUACCAAUUCUAAACUGGCUGAGGACACCAUGACCAAAACCAAGAAUGACAAAUUCAGCUUCACAAGCCAGAGCCUGGGGUGUGAGUACUACAGCUACAGAGUGUCAGUCACGCCCAAGCUGCACAGAGAAUUUCGCAAAGCAGUGAAGGAUCUCCCGAAAGUCUACACCCUUCAAAACAAGCAACGAUUCUACAAGCUGAUUGACAACUUUGGCACCCAUUACAUCACCAAGGUGAAACUGGGAGGGAGUGUUCAAUCUGUGACCAGCAUCAGGCAGUGCCAGGCCAACCUCCAGGGCCUCAGUGUGGAGGAGGUGCAGAUGUGCCUGGAUGUUGAAGCAUCUGCCAGCAUCAAAGCCACAAUAAGUACCCAAUCAAAACACUGCCAGGCAGACAGAAAGCAGAUGGAAAAUCAGAAAUCCUUUUCAAGCCAAUUCAACGACAGGUUCACAGAAAUAAAGGGGGGACAUACGACAGAGCCAGACCUACUCUUCUCUGCUGACAAAGAUCCGUCUGCCUACAAGGAAUGGCUCAACACAUUACCACAGAAUCCAGACAUAAUCUCAUAUUCCCUCGAUUCACUUCAUGAGUUACUGCCUACAACCACCCCCGCCCGGAAGAACCUGCGCUCCGCCAUCAGCCACUACAUCCUGGAGAAAGGCUUGUUGAAGAACUGCAGUGAGCGUUGUCAGGCCGGCAUCAAGAGUGACUCCAGGGAUUCCUGCGUCUGCCAAUGCCACAAUGAUCCAGCCGUGAACCAAGACUGCUGCCCGACCCGCAAAGGCAUGGCACGAGUCAUCCUAACGGUGCAACGGGCUACAGGUCUUUGGGGGGAUAGCACCACAGCAACAGAUGGCUACGUGAAAGUGUUUUUCAACAAGGUGAUGGUCGAGCGUUCUCCUGUCAUUAUGAACAACAACAACCCACACUGGGCCAUGAUUGUGGACCUCGGCAGUCAGGAUUUGUCAUCGGGUACCGCAGUGAGAUUUGAAGUGUGGGAUCAGGACAACAACUGGGACGAUGAUCUGUUGGGACAGUGUGAUCAAGUUCUCUCUGCUGGAGUCAAGGAGGACCUCUGCAACCUGCAGCACGGGCGGCUCUUCUUUAAAUUGGAAGUCAAAUGUGCUCCGAGUCUGGGUGGAAAGUCGUGCAUGGACUACAAACCUUCGCCCAUGAGGCAAAGUCUGCAGAAGAUGUAUGUUUCUCGUCACGCUCAUCCUGUUCCAAAGGAGAUUCUGGUGAAGAUGGGUGUGUUUGUGGAUGAAACAAGCUCACAGAGAAACGAGAGUCUUAGUGCAGAGUACCAAAAAGUCAAUGUGGUAUAAAGCCUAUGUGAUGCUUGCACAGUAAACAGCUUUCUCAUGUACUGAUGUUCUCUAUUUAAGCAAACUCCUUUAUCUUAAAGUGACAACCUUCAUUGAAUCCCUCCUGAGAUUAGACAGCAAGAUGUUUGAGUGUUACAGCACUUAAUGUGAGGUAACAAAAAGUUGUAAAUUGAGUUUAAAUCCAAGUGUUUAAUUAUAAGCAAGAUUUACAGUUUUUAAUGUAAGCUUUUAGAUGACUUCAAUGUGCUCAAAUAUUUAAAACAUGCAGUCGUAAAGAAACCAGUGUCAGUAAAGAGACUCCUGUUCUUUCAUACAUCCCAACACUGCAAAGCAAAUGCAGCAUGUGACCUUUCUGUUCUUCAAAUACAAGCUUAAGUUAUGUAUCAUGCCAUUUAUAACCUGCUUCUCCCUUAUUUUUAAAUACUUCAUUCUAAAAAAAAAAAAAAGAGUGUUACAUUUUAAGUUACCAUGAUCUGUUGAGGUGUUGUGCAAUCAUUUAGCAUUUUAGUUUCCAUUUAAACAUGUAUAUUAAGUCUGUUUGAUGUAACAACAGUGAUUCUCUGUUGAGUUUUGUUAUUGUUGUUUUUCAUGAAUAAAGGCACCAUAUGUUUACUCUU